AUGGCGACUGUGGAUUUUUCAAAGGUCUACUCUGCUACUUAUAGCAGUGUCCCGGUUUACGAGUUCAAGCUUGACGGUGACAGUGUUAUGCGAAGACGCUCCGAUGACUGGAUAAAUGCCACACAUAUUCUGAAAGUAGCCGGCUUUGACAAACCUGCGAGAACUCGCAUUCUGGAGCGCGAGGUGCAGAAAGGGGUUCAUGAGAAGGUACAAGGUGGCUAUGGCAAAUACCAAGGAACAUGGAUACCGCUUCCCGAGGGUCGUAUGCUCGCCGAACGCAACAACAUCAUUGACAAGCUAAGGCCGAUCUUCGACUACGUGGCUGGAGAUCGUAGCCCACCACCGGCCCCAAAACAUACCACCGCAGCGUCAAAACCAAGAGCCCAAAAGAAUGCAGCAAGUAAGAGGGCCGCAAAUGAAGAGGCUGCGAAUGCCGUCAAAGCCCAACGAAGUAUGGCGCCACCCACCUAUACCUACGAGCAUUACGAAAUGAGUCAUGGAUUUGAUGAGGAUGAAUCGAUCGAACAGGCGACUCUCGAGUCGUCUUCCAUGAUUGCGGACGAGGAGAUGAUGGCAAUGUCACAAAACGGAACCUACUCCCGGAAGCGCAAGCGUGGGAUUAAUGAGGCUCCAGCGAUGUCGAUUACUGAACAGGAACACAUACUUUAUGGUGAUCAACUUUUGGAUUAUUUCAUGACGGUAGGGGAUGCUCCGGAAGCCACGCUCGAUCGUCCCAUUGACGACUCGGGCAAUACUGCUCUUCAUUGGGCAUGCGCGAUGGGUGACUUGGAGAUUGUGAGAGACUUGCUGCGGAGAGGGGCUGAUAUCAAGGCACUGUCGAUCCAUGAAGAAACGCCACUCGUGCGAGCUGUGCUGUUCACAAAUAACUACGAAAAGAAGACAUUUCCGCCACUACUAGAGUUGCUACUGGACACAGUCUCAUUCAGAGACUGGUUUGGCGCUACUAUAUUUCACCACAUAGCGGAAACCACUCGGAGCAAGGGGAAAUGGAAAAGCUCGCGAUAUUAUUGUGAAGUAUUGCUAGAAAAGUUACGCGUUACCUUUUCGGUUGAGGAGGUUGAUAUGUUGCUGUCCUGCCAGGAUUCGAACGGUGAUACUGCUGCUUUGGUUGCCGCUCGGAAUGGUGCAUUUCGUUUAGUUGACCUACUACUUGCUCGAUGCCCGCGCUCUGGCGACCUAUUGAAUAAAAAAGGUGAAACAGCUGCAGGCAUCGCCCGACGGGCAGCACCUCAUGAGCGCGACGUCCCUCUUCCCCCUUCAUCCAUCACGAUGGGUAACGAUCAAAUGGAUGGCGAAGUCAUAGCGCCUGUCACAUCUGAUCAUCAACCAACCACCCUUCCACAAGAAUCAUCUCCUGCUACCACGACACUACUAUCUAAGAUAGGUUCUAUCAUGGCCGAGGCGAACAAGAAGCUUGCCGUAAGUUACGGUGGCUCCAAAGCAAACCAGCUUGGUUCAGAUGACGUAACGAAUCCGGAGGCAUUUUACGCGCAAUUGGAAUCUGAUCGGCAAAAGAUUCAGAAACAGGCAGCCGUGUUUGUGGCGAAAGAAGCAGAGGAAGAAUCAAUCAAUACACAACUUGAUCGAUACGAUCAGCUGAGAAGCCGCUAUGAAUCGCUCCUGGAGCAGAUCCAACAGGCCCGACUGAAAGAGAGGCUCGCAUCAACACCACUGCCGGACAAAGACGGCGCAACUUCAUCCGUUUCUGAUCAGGAUAGACUGAUUCAAACAUACCAGAUGGCCCGACAGCUAUGCUCUGCUCAAAAGGCUCGGUGCGCAGCUGUCAAGGACCUUGUUCAACAAACAGCAGAUGCGGGUGUAAGCACCAAAUUUGAUGUCCAUCGCAAGCUGGUAGCACUUGCCACGGGCCUCAAAGAGGAAGAAUUGGACCCAAUGGCCGCAGAGCUAGCUGAAACAUUGGAAUUUGACCGGAUGAACGGGAAGGCUGCAGGAGCGGAGUCACCGGAGCCAGAGCCUAGGGAAUCGGCUACGUUUCCUCUUCCUGGUCCAACAGUAUCCGUGGAUGCAUGA